AUGGCAGCCCUUGCCGCUUCCUGCGAAGGCGGCAUACCCAGCGGAGCGCUGCGGCCUUCUAUGCCGAGCUUGUUGCUGCCAGGCAAAGACACCACGCCUUCGUCGACGGACGACUCGACCUCCACGUCAAGAGACGGGUGGACCUCCACGGACUGCGCGUCGCCGCGCAGCGAGGCCAACAGCGGCCCCUCCCCCGGCUGGAAGUCGCCGGAGUGGACGCCGAGAGGCCCGGAGUCGCUGCCCGAGCCGUGCGCGGCAACGGUGGACGCGGGCGGGUACUGCCCGUACUCCCCGCAGCACGAGAGCCCGUGGGGCUCGGCGAGCUAUGCCGCGGGGCCGAGCGCCGGUCCGUGCGAGGCAUGCCCUCGCCGAGGGCCAGCGGAUUGGGUCCCGGUCGACGCCGUGCAGCACGGCUUGAUCUACCAGUGCGUCCCGGUCGGCACCUUCUGGUCCGCAGACGUGGGCGGCCUGGCAGCGCAGGCGCCGGGGCCCGUGGCCCCCGGCCCACUUUGCGCCGAUGCGGCCGCUGCCACGCCCCAGCUUCAGGGAUGCUGGCUGCAGGCCCCGCCCAUGACCCCGGGCCACUUCCCGGUGGCCAUGGUGCACGGCCCUGCGCCCCCCGCGCCGCCCGAGCCCGCGCGGCCUGCUCCGCCCGCGCAGACUCCCCCGACGCAGGCCGCGCCGCACAGGGAGGCCACCGCCGCUGGUCCGCCUGUGGACGUCAUCGAGCUCACCGAGCUCGAGGAGCAGCUGGUCCAGCGGCUCUCGCAGCUCCCGGCCGAGGAGCUGGGGCAGGCCGCCGCGUCCCUGCAGGGCCACGUGUGGCGGCUGGCGGCGGCGCCGCGGGGCACGCAGCUGCUGCAGCAGGCGCUCCUCGCCGCUGGCGCCGAGGACAGGGGCAGGCUGGUGGCGGAGCUGAAGGGGCACGUGAACGAUUCCUGGGAGUCCACGGCGGCGGCUCCGCAGGCCAACUACGUGCUGCAGAAGUGCAUCGAGGCCCUCCCUCUGAAGGAUUGCCAUUUCAUCUGCGACGAGAUGCUCGUGGGUGGCGUCACCAAGGCGGCGCACAGCAAGUUCGGGUGCCGCAUCUUCCAGCGCCUCAUCGAGCACUUCCCCGAAGAGGACGUCGCCCCUUUGCUGGAGGCCCUGCUCAGUGAGGGCGACUUGCAGGCAUUGAUGAUCUCCCGCUUCGGCAACUUUGUGGUGCAGUGCAUCUUGGAACACGGGCCGAGCGAGCACAGGUCCCGCAUCGCCGCGGUGCUGGUCGGGGAGGAGGACAAGAGCUUCGCCAAGCUCGCAGAGAACAAGUAUGCCAGCCACGUUGUCCAGCACGCCAUGAAGCACUGCUCCGUCACCGACCGGCGCCGCUUGGUGAGCAAGGUCCUCGAGGUGGAAGCGAAGGACUCCAAGUUCAAGCGAUCCGUCUACGGCAGCUUCGUCGCCAGCGAGGCGCGAAGGUGGGCCCGUGCCGGCGCCCAGACCAGGGACGCGCGAUGA